UUUGAAACUCUUGAAAUGGCCUCGUGGCUCAGCUACUAGUGGAAUUCACAGUACUCCGAGUCGGCAGAGUGGAAGUCACACCUGCUGCUUUCCGGUUAAAAGUAGAAAUGGUGUUUAGGCCAAAUUUAAAAAAUGUUCCCCCACCCAGGACUACGAUUUUAAGCACUCUGCAGUUUGACAUGUGUUAGUAGGAACUUGAUAUAUAAUGAAAUUGAAGCUGGAGGUUCUGGUCUGUCUAAGAAGUUUAAGACAGGACUCAUUAGUUGGUAACUUGAUAGACUCCAAGUCUGUUGCCUUUUACGUUGCUCUUUUUCAUUUUACUCCAUACUUCUGCAGGUCUCGUUCCCAUCGGAGUUCUCGCCGACAUUACAGUCGUUCCCGUUCACGCUCUCAUUCUCGCCGGCGACGUUCACGCAGCCGCUCAUACAGCAGCGGACACCAUCGCCGCCGCAGUCAUAGUCAUUCUCCUAUGUCCAACCGGAGACGUCACCUUGGAGACCGGACAAACCCAGACCCAAACAGCUGCCUGGGAGUGUUUGGCCUGAGCCUGUACACCACAGAGAGAGACCUGAGGGAGGUCUUCUCCAAGUUUGGCCCUCUGAGUGAUGUCAGCAUUGUGUACGACCAGCAGUCUCGGCGCUCCAGGGGUUUUGCUUUUGUCUACUUUGAGAACAGAGAAGAUUCAAAAGAGGCUAAGGAGCGUGCAAAUGGUAUGGAGCUAGAUGGCCGCAGAAUCAGAGUCGACUACUCUAUUACCAAGAGGCCACACACACCUACUCCAGGAAUAUAUAUGGGCAGACCAACAUAUGGUGGUGGCCCGAGUGAAAGCCGUCGCCGUGAUUCCUGUGAUCGAGGCUAUGAGCGUGGAUAUGAUCGCUAUGAUGAUCGUGACUACUACAACAGCAGGUCAUACAGGAGAAGAUCCCCCUCUCCCUACUACGGCCGAGGACCAUACAGGUCAAGAUCACGCUCUCGCUCCUACUCCCCUCGUCAUUACUGAAGUGAUGUUUGACUCCUCUCGCCCUCUAUGAAGAUGUUGAUGACAAUGACAUUGUUGAUGACGUAGAUGUUUAUUUCUGGUGGCAUGAGUUUGGAUGGACUUUAAACUCAAUCCCUUUGAUUUCUUGCCUAAAGGUUUCAUGUGUCUUUGACCGGUCUGGAUGUUUCAGUAGUUUGAAUAUUUUUGCACUGUUGAAUUAUUAUUUUUUUUCCCUUAAGUUUCCGAUCUAAUGCUGAACUUGCAUUUAUUUUAUAUGAUAAAAUGUCCUGCUCACACACCAUUGUUUUGUGUUUUAAGCUUAGCAGUGGUCUUGCAAUAAACAGCUUUAUACCUCCCC